GUGAAACCAAUUUUUAGAAGAAUCAGAAAAGAGGCUAGCAACAAAGCUAAAAAUUAGUAAAAAUUGAUACUUUAUUCAGCCUUUUCACCUUAUUAGAUUGAGUAUUUUUAAUACGAAUUUUUCUUUAUUUAUUUAUUAAGGUUGCUCCAUCAAAAAUCUUAGGAAAAGGAUAGAAAUAGAAAAAUGUACUCGGACAACCCGGAGGAUGAAGUUCAUCAGCUUCUUUCUGGGUUUCAGUUUUUUAUCCUAUGUUUUUUUAUCUCUGCCUGUUAUUAUGCGUCUCUGUACAUUUCUGCCUCGGCAGUUGGUGAAUCCACUAGUUUCAUGACAUUGCCUUUCCAUCACUUACGACGUAUUUAUGUGUGUUUAAAGACUUCGGUUAUGAGCCUCAUCCAUUGCAGACGAAAUAACAUCUAUGUGGGUGUUUCCAAUACUGACGAUGUAGGUGCUGAAGAGACAUUAAUAAAUUGCAAUAAUCGAUCUUCAAACGUGUCAUAG